AUGCCGGUUAAAGUUGAUGUUGUCCCACCGCCGCCUGCUAAUUCAAAACAACCAGGAGUCACUAAAUCUCUCCUAUACAAUGGAUCUCGGUUCCAAGGCUCCCAGAAGUCCAAAGGCAACAGCUACGACGUUGAAGUAGUUUUGCAGCACGUAGAUGAAGAAAAUAGCUACUUAUGCGGAUACCUGAAAAUAAAAGGUCUAACGGAAGAGUUUCCUACACUUACGACAUUCUUUGACGGAGAAAUUAUUUCGAAAAAAUACCCUCUGCUGCCUCUAUUGAGGGUUAUUAUUAUCAUCGAAGUUCUGAAUGGUAUGUAUCAAUCUCUAAAUUUGAGACACGUUCCAGAACACAGUAUACAAAUCUACGAAUUCAGAUUCAAAAUUAUUGAGUAUAACUUAAUUGGAAAUUAA